AUGGACCCCAAUUGCACUUGGUUAGUCAGAAUUUGGUCUCUUUGGAAACAUCUCCAGGUGUCAAAACCAGAUCUUACUCAAGCUUUCACUUUGGUUAUGGAAAGAGAAAAACAGAAAGCUGAAGUCAAGGACAGAAGAAUUUUAGAGAUUUUGCAAGCCAAAGACAGCAAAAUAGAAUCUCUAGAACAGAGUCUCACAGAACAGCAGCAGGAGAUAAACAGCUUAAUGCAGAGAAAAAGUGCUGUGGAUGAGGAAAAUGCCUGUUUGAAGAAUGAAUUCGGUAACUUGAACCGGAAAUUUAAAGAUAAAAGCCAAGAACUUAAGGACACUGAGGAGUGUGCACAAAAGAAGGAAGAGCGAAACAGACUGGUUAUAAAAAACGUGGAGGAGGAAAAUAAGGGAUUAAAUAUAUGCUGUGCUGACCUGCUAAGUGACCUGGAGAAACUGAGGAAGCAGGAGGCACAACGGAAAAAAGAAAAAUCUGGCAAUGAUGUCAGAAUAAAGAAUUUGGAAACUGAUUUAGCAGAGACAAGAGAACAAAUAAAAAGUUUGCGCACUAUAUGCAGUAAUUUAUCAUCUCAGGUACACGUGAAACAGGAAGAACUUUUCCAAAAGGAUUGUUGAAUGGUCAGAGCUAAGAAGGAGUUAGAGGAGCUACAGAAUCUUUACAAACAAAACACUGAAGAUGCAGCACAGCAGGCUGAGCUGAUAAAGCAGCCAGAGGCUCUCAAUGCUGAUACACAAAAUGUACUGCAAGACCAAGAAUGUGCUCACACAGCUAAAACAACAUAUCAGAAAGUAUUUCAACAGCCUUCUUUAAGUGAGCUAGAGUGCUAUAUUACAGUGCAAGAAUCUGAAAUGGAGCUUUUACAGAAAAAAAUGAAAAAAAAGGAUCUUAACCUAGCAGAGCAUAAUUUGUACACUACAGAUACUCUGGAAAGCAGCAAUAUAAGGACUGGAAGAAAGCAUGAGGAACCACCUGUGAAAUGUUCAAGGUCUCUGUCCCCAAAGAGCUCUUUCAGAGAGUCAGAGGAGUCUCAAGAAUCUUAUGAGCUAAGAGCAGCCUGUGGAAAACAUGAAGAGAGGCUGCAGAUGUUACAGACCAACUACAGAGCAGUAAAAGAGCAAUUAAAGCAGUGGGAAGAGGGCGAUAGCAGAUACCAGUGUACAGGCUUUUGUCAGCUUUGUCAAGAGGAUCCUGAUGUGAUAUAGAAUGAGCUGUCUUUUUACAAAAGGAAGCACAAAAAGCUGUUGAUUGAGAAGUGUUUGUUUCUUAAACGAGCCUGUGAAGAUGAUGUAAUCAAGGGUAAUAUUCCAAAAAGGUAUAUGAGAGAAGUUUCACAUGAGAUGUUACAGAAGGUACAACAACCAGAAAGAAGAUUCAAAGCUAUUGAAGGGGUUAAACAGAAAGAAGUAAAUAAAGACUUACUGAAUGAGAAAAUAUGUUUGAAAGAAUCUUUAAAAGUGGAAAAGGAAGAUCAAGAAAAAGAGCUGGAAACUCUACUUAAGAGGAUUUGUGAAGUAAAAAGGGAAAAAACAGAACUUCAGUUAGUGAUUGAUGAGAAGGAAAAAGAAGCUGCCUCUUUGAAGAGGCAAGUGACAAAAGCUAACAGGUUGAGAAAUGAAAGUGAAGAUUUGCUGAGUCAAGUGCAGGAGCAGAAGUGUUUGCCAGAUAAAGCCAAAGCAGUGGCAAUCUCUGGGCAAUGUAAUUGCAAGAUAACAGGCACCAAGGUUAAAUUAAAAACAGCCAAGAAAAAGAGCUCUUUGGGACAUCAUGGAGCUUUUCUCAAACAGUCCAUCAAGGUUAUGAGUCAUGUAUUUGAGAACUUCAGUAAGGACGGCUGGGAGGAUGUGAGUGAAAGCAGUGACUCUGAAAUACCAACUUCUGGAAGUUUGGAACCAGUGAUUAUGAAGACAGUGCAAAACAUUGAUCCACUGCCAGACAGAAGUACACAAGAAGAAAAAAAGCCUUGCAGUGUGGUUCAUUUAGAAGUCCAAAAUGAACAAUAUAAUAAAAAGGUGUAUAAUAGAGCUAGAUUUAUUCGUCUGAGUGGAGUUUUGGAGUUUAAAGCAAAAGGGAGAAAUAUCACUAUCCAGAAACUGGCCUACUCUGUUACUCCACUGCAGGAAAAAAAUAAGUCACUGCACAAGCAGAUAGCUGUUCUACUGAGUAAAAAAAUUUAUUUGGCUGAUCAGAGACUUCAAGUUAAUAAACUGACCAUAGAGAUGUUGACCUCCAACCUGGCCAAGUGGCAACAGGAGAAGGAAGAUUUAGAAGGAAAAUUAAAGUUGAGAGAACAUCUGUCUCAAACUGCUGGCAAGAGCAAAGUCAUACCAGCUCCUUCAAAGAACAUUGAUUUAGAGAUGAAACAGCUGCAGUGCAAACUAGAGAAUUCGAAUACUGAGGUCACUAAGCAAUCGACCACCAUUAAGUCCCUGAGAAAACAAGUCCAGGAGGAAGAAGAAUGGAUUCAGGAGCGGGGAGCCCAAAUUUCUCAGUUGGAGAGAGACCUUACUACGAAAAGACAUUUGAUAGAUGACUUAAGGUCUUGCCUAAAAGCGAAUCAAGAAAAUGAGAACAUGGAAACAUUGGAAAGUCUUGAGACAAAGAAAACUUCGAUUGACUCAAUGAUGAAGGUUAAUGUGGCUAUGACUGAGAAGUCUCAGUAUGAGCAGAUGUAUCACAAAGCUAAAGAUGGUUUGGAGAAAAAGGAUCUGAAGCUUACUAAACUGGAGAGUAAAUUGAUUGAGGCUGAAUGUGCUAUGACUGAACUUGAAAGUUCUGCAUUUCCACAAAUACAUGGUUUGGCAAAACAGAGUACACAGGCUUUGGAAACUCUACAGAAGGAGCUGCUGCUCACCAGUGACAAAGUAGAAGAGUUCAGACAUUUUGUCAGUAGUCUGACUGGAGAUCUACAGCACAGUGUAUAAGAGCUGAGAACAAAAAUCAAACUAAAAAAAAAGGAAGAAAUGAAAGCAUGCAAAAAAGGUCUUUCCCAAGAGAAUCUUCGGCUGGCAGCAUCUAUCCUCGAUGUUUCAACAACUGAUCUUUAUGAAAUACUACAAGAAGGAGAUGAUGAGGAAAUAGCAAAGACAAAAAUGGAAUUUGAAAAAGAUCAUAUGCUACAGCAUAUCCAGAAACUUCUUGAAGCACAGUUUCCCUUUGCCUCAUACUUAAUGGAUGCUGUACUGGAAAAAUUAAAUGGGAAGAAGAAAUUGUUAGAAGAAUACAGUUCCCUCAUGAAGCACACUGUAGGAUAUUCCUAAGAUUUAUAUUUGCAAAGUGUGACUAAAAUGUGUGCUGUUUGUCUUUCCUCAUGUCUUUCCUCUUCUCAUAAAGAACCGUCAAUAUGCGUGUUCAAUACAUACACAGAAACCAUGAACUAAUUAAUUGUUGAACAAGAGGAA